CGGCGAUUCGCGCGCCGGACUCUGGCCGAGUCUUCCGCGAUUUGGAAAGUUCAUUUAAUCAUUUCGCUGCAUUUCGACAAAAUUAGUUGGAAUCCAGCAAUCACGAUGAUAUAUCUAUGUGAUGUUUGUCGCGACUGUGAGUCAGUAAGUUCAGUGGAUUUAGAGGGUUAUGAAAGGCUCUUUGCGCUGAAGUUAGUCGACGAUAAAAGACAACAUAAAACUCUGACGACCUGCCGCUUGUGUUACAAAAAGUUGCGAUUUUUCAAAAAGCGGUUAAUUUUGAAACUAAAAAUAAGAAUGCACUACCCGAAUUAUCCUCCUGAAAAAGAAGGUGAAUUUCCGGACCAGUUCUUCGAAUUGAAAGAACCAACAAAUGCCCAAAUUGAUGAAUUUUUAUCACCAAUGGAAGACCAAAAUUUAGAAAACCAAAAUACAGAAACAUGCACCGACGAUUACAAUUGCCAAUGUGAUAACUGCCAGAAAAAAUACGGAGAUUUGCCCAUUCUUUUACAAGGCAUCGAGCAAAAAACCUUCAACGAUAAGACUGAUUCCCAACCAUCGACGUCUAGUCAUUCGAGCCCUUCGAAGAGGAUCCUCACCUGCGAGUAUUGCAAGAAGACAUUCACUCACAAAGGGGAUUUCAACAAACACUUGAGGAAGCACACUAAAGAAAAACCUUUCUCCUGCAAAGUGUGCGGGAGGAAAUUCGGACACACGUCGAACCUGCUGCGACACCAACGGCUACACAGCGGGGAGAAACCCUUCACUUGUGAUAAUUGCUCGAAGAAGUUCAGCCGUAAAGACAAGCUCGAUUGCCAUAAAAGAAGCAGAACGUGUUACGAUGCUAGCACGUCUCGCUCAUUGUUUAAUCAGUGAUUGGACUUUUUAUAUGGGUAUCUUAAUGUGAUAUGAUGCUACUUUGAUCUGGUGUAAUGUACAUUCCAAAACGUCAUUACACUUACUUACUCAUGAAUCUUCGUUAAAAAUUAUUGUGACUAAAAUAUUUAUUAAAUUUUGAUGUUUUUUUAUUGUCGUUUUUUUACCAAACAAGACCUUACAUAUGCAUGUUGAAGUAAUCCUGAGUUAAUGGGUUUAACUCAUAAACA